CUCAACUCUUUACAAAUGAGGAGUAGCACUCGACUUGAUUUUGAACAAAGUUCCUGUCUCCGUUUAAGCACACAAAGUUUAAAAGCAGAGCGAGUGGGACUGGAGUUAGAGUAUUCAUACAGCUUUUCCCUUGAAUGAAAGGAUCCUGUGGAGGUUCGGUUCACCUGCGGCUGGGAGCGACACCUGCCUCAGUGCUACUCUCAUCCUUCACAUUUGGACCACCCUUUCCAGGUGUGAGUGUAUUUUCGUGAGUAUUGAAGAGGAGCAUUAACAGCUAUGUGCUCCAGUGGGCAGCCUCUGUGUUCAGGGAGCGGGCGUUCACCCGCCAAUAGAGAGGGCAGUAGCUCAGGCUCCCAGUAUGCUCUCUGUGCACUGGGGGUGGGCCUGGUGGCCCUCGGUGUUGUCAUGAUCGUGUGGAGUAUAGUCCCUUCUGAAAUGACACCGCUUCACAAUGUUACAAACACGAACAUCGGAAGUGACAGCGGUAAUGAAGGGAAGACCUCGUCUGUUGCAUUUGUGCUGGUUGGAGCUGGUAUUGCCAUGUUGCUCCUUGCUGUAUGUCUCAGGGUGAGGCAAAGGAAGCAAAUGAGACAACGGGAAACUACAGGUGCAGGCGGUGCUGAUUAUGUGGAUCAAGUCCAUAGAGAUCAGGAUGCGGAAUCAACUGAUGAGCCAGCACCCAACUAUGAUGUCCCCACCUAUGAGGAGGCAGUCACCAGUGGACAGUACCCUGUUCGGCAGAGCAACUUGCGACAGAGCUACCAGCUGCCCUCGUAUGAGGAUCUGAUUGGUGCCGUUGAAAAUGAAGGCCAGCAGCCUAGAGAAGGUAAUGGCCAAGAAGCCUCUCAGCCAGCUCCUGGCCCCGCACCCCAACCUGCGGCACCCGCUCGCAGCAGCAGCAGAGCCAGUCGCAUCCUUCGACCUCUCAGAGUGCGCAGGAUCAAGUCUGAGAAACUACACAUGAAGGAUAUUCGUUUGAAUAUCCAAAACCCUGGACGGAGUGGAAACGCCAUUGAACCGCUGACCCCACCACCACAGUAUGAGGACAAGCCCCCUCAACUACCCACAGAAGUAGUGUAAUGAUUUCAAUCAAUGGAUUUUGUUGAGUGUUUGCAUUUGAGGGUUUUUCGAAAAAUGUUGAUUCAUCUGUGUGGAAACAGAAAUUUUUUCUGAGAGCUGUAAAUGUAUCUCAAAAUCUGCCAAAUUAAUGUGCGCUGUCAGUGCUUCUUGGACAAAACACUGAAGCCUUCUUGAAUGUUUUUUUUAACAGAACUUUUUAUAUUUGAAGAAUGGGUUAGAGUAGUGUAUUGUACUUUUUAUUUAAAACUCU